AUGCCUGUUGCUACCCUGGUGUACUUUGCUCCUAUGAACCUUGCAGGUAUGAUUGGAGCUUGUAUAUCUGGUUCCAUCUGGAAUGAGUACCUCCACAAGAAGUCAAUGCACGACUUUCCCGACGAAGUCAAACCGCAGGCGACGGCCAUCUUCUAA